GCCAAUAAGGGUAAAGGGCCAAGAUUGCCAUAACGCGUCCAUCAUCAUUCCCAUUUGAUGUGCAUACAUACACUACGGGAUCUCCUGCAGCUGCUGCAUAGCAUAACCUAUUGUACCUAACGUAAGGAAUAGAAUUAGUUACUUUGUUACCUUCUCGCUUAUUACCAAGUAAUCCUCUCUCUGUACUGUGCCGUAAGAGGUAACCUUCAAUUUCUCACCUAAUCAUCCUUCCCGUUCUUUUUUUAUAUUUUGUAUAUUUUGUAUUCUUUAAUGUCUUCGAAACCGAACAACAACAUUCGCUUGUCCAGCAUACCGGCUCGCUUAAAACCGACGUCGCAAUAUUCGAAAGCCGAACCAUCACCGCUAUUAUCCGCCAGUUCCGUCGGGUCCAGCGUUGAAGAUUACAUCGGAAGCGGCACCGACACCGUAGGAGGUAGAACCCCGGUCUUCGGUAGGCGAUUGUCUUUCGUUCAGGAAGACGACGAGGCCUCGGAUAUCGCAUAUCUUCGUAGCCCGAAUAGGUUCGACAUAGACUAUUCUGAAUACUCGGACGACGGCGACGACGGUACCAUGCCCGACAGCGCCAAACGACCAGCAUUUCUCCGUCCGUCUGACGGUCGAUCCGUCACACCGCUUCUAAAGAAAUCAGUCGACGAUGAUCGCGGUAGGACGCGGUAUAACAACUCGCGCCCGACAUCGCCUCUCCCGAUACCUGCUGUUUCUACACCAGCUUCCGACCGACCAACCUUUAGCCGCCGCUCCACCAUGAGAUCUCGUUCUCCCGAUACCCAAGCGCGCAUGGCAGCGCGUAAGAAGUACACAUACGCGGCCAUCUUCCUGGUCGUAUCAUUAAUAUCCUUCUGCGUACAGACGGAGCUAGGACGUUACGUGCAGCACGAGCUUGGUUGGGACAAGGCUUACUGCAUGUUAUACCUCACACACGGGUCGUGGGCGCUGCUAUGGCCAGCCCAGCUACUUAUCCUGCGCGUGCAGAAGUGGAACGUGCCGUGGCCAACUUUCUGGAGGAGGCACGCCUACUUGUUGCGCUCGACAGCGCAUAUGGUCGCGAAUCAAGAGCUCGAUAUCCCCCGGCAUGUCGUCCAGCGAAGUCCAAUACCCUACAUGUUGCGCACCACUGCCUUUGUUACCACUUCUUUAACGAUUGCAGGCCUGAGUUGGUACGUCGCCGUCAGUAUGACCACCCCUAGCGACUUAACCGCCAUCUAUAACUGCUCUGCAUUCUUCGCCUACGCUUUCAGCGUGCCACUGCUCAAGGAGAAGUUGCGCCUCGACAAGUCGAUUGCGGUGCUGAUCGCCAUUGUCGGCGUCAUGGUUGUCGCUUAUGGCGACUCUAAAUCUGGCGCGGGAGUCGAUAAAGAAGCAGGAACCGAGGCUGGCACGCGAUUCCUCGGCAACAUGAUCAUCGGCGCGGGGAGUGUGCUAUAUGGGCUGUACGAGGUGUUAUAUAAGCGGUACGCUUGCCCACCCGAGGGUACGUCGGCAACGCGGGGCAUGAUCUUCGCCAACGCGUUUGGAAGUUGUAUUGGGGCCUUCACACUUUUCGUGCUAUGGAUUCCUUUGCCGAUCCUCCAUAUUCUCGGCUGGGAAACCUUUGAGCUGCCUACCGGCGCAGCGGCAUUCUAUCUCUUCGUGUCGGUCAUCAUGAAUGCGACAUUCGCAGGCAGCUUCCUAGUGCUAAUCUCGCUGACGAGCCCCGUGUUGAGUAGUGUCGCUGCGCUGCUGACCAUCUUUAUCGUGGCACUAGCCGACUGGAUUAUUACGGGAGAGGGCAUGAGUCCGUCAGCUCUAAGCGGUGGUUGCCUGAUUGUGGUAGCAUUCGUAAUGCUAAGCUGGAGCACUUGGCGCGAAAUGACGGAAGACGCAGAGCGCAAGGCGGCUAUGGAUGUUGCUGGCCCGGUCGACUGGAGUAGCGAGGACAGCGAUAAGGAUGCUGACCGGUUGGAUUAGGGUGAGAAUUUCCCAGCUUACGCAUACGACUGUGCGUUAGUUUUAUUCGCAAGUUUAUUCUUAUUCUUAUUCUUAUUGAUAUUUAGUCUGGUUUUUUUUUUUUUCCCUUCUACCACCGUCUCAUCUUUUCUCUGGUUCAGGUUCUACUGUGUUAUAGCAUAUCUAUCGGAAUAUAGGGUUGCAUUGUCCCGGAUGGACAAACUCAUAGGUUGUAUCCUGGAGAGAGGACCCAAUCAGAUUAGAGCGAUGUUAGACACGAGGGCUUUGCAGCAGCUUUCCCAUUAUAUGUCUAUGAGGAUCAGGAGAUUACCUACCUACCUAGAACAAUUCGGCCAUUUUGGACGAUGGAAGAUGUGGACUUAUCGGUAUCAUUACCGUUCUACAUAAAGGAUGCAUGCUGUUUCGGCGUUGGGGGAGUUUCGGUCCCGGUCUUGAUCUCGGUUGGUGUUUUAGGCUGGGCAAGGAUGAAUAGGUCAUGUCCGGUUAUAUAGAGGUUGGUGGAAUAACGCCUGCUUGCCUUACCUGGGUAAAUAUACAAGUCUCGCGCGCACGGUUAAUGUAUCUAUCGCAUCUAUUGCAUAGGGGCCCGGUGCACGGGCUCGGUUAUGCGGAUAUAUAGGCAUCUAUAGAAUUUACAGAGGGCGGCUUAAAGGGCGCUCAUACUAUCAAUUCACUGUUAUCAUUUUA